AUGGCGAGUACGCAUCUUACCGAAGAACAGCUGCAACAAAGUGCGGUGUUGUCAGAAGAGGAGCUUCAGAAGAGCGCUACCCAUUCGGAUGAGGAUGCUGAGCAUGAAUCGGCGCCCCCAGAUGCUGUCGAAGAUGGUCUAGGGAGUACUGAGAGCCCGUUGACGAACCCGAAUACCCACGAUGACGGCUUUUCAGACGCAUCUGGCGAUGGGGACGAGCAAAGAUCCGUCAGUGCCCUGGCAGACGACCUUGAGAUGGGCGAAAACACAGACGAUGCCAGCGAUCUCUCUCAUGCGUCUCUUGAGGAUAAUAUGGAUAACGAUUCUGAGGAGGACAUGGGUGCGCGUACGGAGCGCGACGGUGAUGACGCCUCAGCUGGCGCGCGAAGUCGGAGCAGUAGUCUUCUGGACGAUAUCGAAGAAGAUGAGGCUGAAGGCGUCGGUGCUGUCAAGAUUCGACCGGGGGAGACGGAUGAUGAGGCGGAGCUUGAUAGCGAACACUCGGACUCCCAGAGCGAGUCUGGAAACGAGUCUGACGGUGCCGCAGCAUGGGAAGACGCUGCUGGGGGCGAAGAAGACGACGAGGAAGAAGGCUCUGAGGAUGCUGCGCCCAACACAUGCAUGUUCUGCAGGCAAGACGAGGACAACGAUCCUGGAGAGGACUUUGAGGAGUACCUAAGCUGCGUCGUGUGUGGCGAAAAUUCACACCAACAUUGCGCCAGAGAAGCAGAUGUUGUGAAGGAGCUCACAGAUCUUCAGCAGUGGAAGUGCCCUGAAUGUGCUGCUCCCGAUGAUGAACCGUCUCUUGCGGCCUUGGCCGAUGUUUCUCGUCGACCUGAGCCCGAGCAUGAAACUGAGCUUGAGCUAUCGCCUUCUUCUAGGAGGUCAACGGCAUCUCAAGUGGCGCGCGACUUGCUCCCCCCUCAGAAGGGGCCUGCGAAACCUGACUCUCACUCGGUCUUCAACCAACUUCUGCUAGACGGCGACCCUAUGGAUGGAUCACGCGUUCUUCGAAAGCGAAAGACCUCUUCCGUCGAGGCGGAUGAAAUGGUGAUGUCUCUUCGGAAACGUCGCAGAAAUGCCUCCAAAGAUCGAGAGACCAGCCAUGGCUUGAAUACGAACCAGGAUGCGUCUGACGGUCCUGCAGAAAAAGAAGUCCGCCGCAAGCUGCGACUGAACCCCGCUAGGAAAUCCCAGGCUGUUGUCGUUACCCGUCGCCAACGCUCAAUAAUCGUCAAUAUGCGAGUAAAGCCAUCCUCACUUCGCCGCGUCUUGUCCAGAAAAGCAACAUCAAAUCGGAAGAGAUCGGAUAGGAGAGAUGGUGCCUCGUCGCGUGGUGGUGUUUCAACGGUCGUGCCAUCAACUUCCACUGCGACAGACUAUUCACAUCCCUUCUAUUCUUUCUAUGACCGCGAGACGGAUGAAAUGAAGACCAAGCCGUACGGAGGGAUUCUCAGCGAGGCAGAAGCCGACACAUCCAGAACCUUGCCUGCCAAUGAUGACCGUCGGCGAUUCGACGAGGCGAAACAAAAGGCGGAAGAAGUCUGGAGAGCUCGUCUUCAAAGUACUCAGGCUAUCUUGGGAACACCUGCCAAGAAGCCAAAGAAGAAUGCUGGACCGGCAAGCCAGAUCGAGUGUAUCGAUUUUGGCGGUUGGGAAAUCGACACGUGGUAUGCGGCACCCUACCCAGAAGAGUACAGUCGGAACCGAACUCUGUACAUUUGCGAGUUCUGCCUCAAGUACAUGAACUCAGAUUAUGUAGCCUGGCGUCACAAACUUAAGUGUCCGGCCAAGCACCCUCCGGGCGACGAGAUAUACCGACAUGGUUCUGUUUCUGUUUUCGAGGUUGACGGCCGAAAGAAUCCAGUCUACUGCCAGAAUCUCUGUCUGCUGGCCAAGCUCUUCCUUGGAUCCAAAACACUCUACUACGACGUCGAGCCUUUCCUCUUCUAUGUGUUGUAUUUCUCAUAUCUGCUUACUCGUGUCGAGCGCAAGACAGGAUCGCCCGAAAAACCACUUUCCGACAUGGGCUUGGUUUCUUAUCGCAACUACUGGAGGCUAGUGCUUUGCCGUUAUCUCUUGGAUCAUAUAUCGGAUGCCAAGGCAGCUGCUCAUGGCUUGAGUGUCCGGCAGAUGUCUGAUGAUACGGGCUUGACACCCGACGAUGUCAUAUCGGCUCUCGAGGGUCUUCGGUGCCUCGUUCGCGACCCGCACACUGAGCUAUACGCUUUUCGAAUUGACCUUGCAUACUGCACCGAAUACAUCUCCAAGUGGGAGCGCAAGAACUACGUCAAGCUGAAUCCGGACGCGCUGACUUGGACUCCGUAUGUUAUGGGCCGAGGCAAUGCUACCAACUUUGAACUUGGCCCAGCUAUCAGCGCCAUCGCACCCCGCGAAGACGAUGAAGCCCAGAAGCCGGCUGAGGAAGCAGUCUCGGUUCUCUCCCAACAUGACCCUGCUAUCAACGGCAAUUCUGUCAUGGGAACAGGAGAGAAGGCCACGGCGAUUGAAAGUGCGCCAUCAACCAAUGAAGAUACCGCAGGAGACGAACUGGAUGAAGCCGAGGUGCAGCCGGCGGUUUACGAAUCCAUGGAGUUGCACGAGGACGAUCUUUCAAAUGGCGACAGCGGCUUGGCAGCGGCUCAUGAGGAGACAUACCAAGAAGUCCAAGCGACACAGGCCGACCUGGAUCAGGUUUCCCUAGACAACUGGACGCUUCUGUACAGGGAUGUCCCGCCGUCGAGGUUCGAGGUGUACCCGCCUCCAGGAGGCCGUCGUGCAGAUCGGCCGCGGUCUAGCGUAACGCGGCCGACGGUACCUCCAAGCAACAGUAACAACUCGCGACCACGACGGCCGGCCGGUAGCAGCAGCAGCGUCAGACGGCCAACAUCAAGCCGGCCCAAGAGCUCUUCGUCAUCGUCGCGUAGGAAGACGGGUGGGACUGGGCGAGGGCCUGGACGAUGGCCUAAAGGUACCAAGAAGAGCGACUACGGCAACGCUGACAGCGGACCUGGUCUUCCGCCGGCCUGGAUUAGAGAAAGGACGCGGCUGGCGGCUCUCGGAGGUACAAUUGGAGAGGAUGAAGGGUCGAGGCUGGAGAACCAGGAAUCAAUCGAUGUGGCUCGGGUUCAACUCCAGACCGGGGCACAGCCGCCCACCUUGAUGGAAGAAGCUACCGGAGUUGAAGACAGCGGUCACGGAGACGCGGGUGGCCAAGCAGAGGAUAAGUAA